AUGGGCGGAGCCUGCAGUUUGAGCGCCAGAAUUUAAGCUCCCGCCUCCUAGCCGUGUUGCUUACUGUACAGUAACUGUAACGAGUGUUGUUAAAUUUUGCUCCGUUAUAGCCUUAAAUAAAAUGUCUCCCACAGCUAAAAGAGCCUGUCCGAGUCCUCUGAAUGACAGUCUGGAGAAGAGGAUUAAACGCAUCUCUAUUGAAGGAAACAUCGCCGCAGGAAAAUCCACUUUUGUUCGUUUGUUGGAGGACCAUGAACAGGAAUGGGAGGUCGUACCAGAACCAAUCGCUAGAUGGUGCAAUGUACAAACGCAACACGAAGACCACGAGGAAUUAACCACAUCUCAAAAAAGCGGCGGGAACGUUCUCCAGAUGAUGUACGAGAAGCCUGAGCGCUGGGCGUACACCUUCCAGAGUUACGCCUGCAUGAGUCGCAUUCGAGCCCAGAUCAAAUCCACCAAUGGGAAGCUGCGAGAGGCGGAGAAUCCGGUGCAGUUUUUUGAACGUUCAGUGUACAGCGACAGGUAUAUCUUUGCAUCUAACCUAUACGAGAGCGAGUGUUUGAAUGAAACUGAAUGGGCGAUCUAUCAGGACUGGCACAGCUGGCUGCAUAAACAGUUCGGGCGGCACAUUGAACUGGAUGCCAUCAUUUACCUGCGGGCAAAGCCAGAGCGGUGUUUGGAAAGAUUGCAUCUGAGAGGCCGAGAGGAGGAACAGGGAAUUCCUCUGGAAUAUCUGGAAAAACUUCACUAUAAACAUGAGUGCUGGUUACAUCACAGGAAUUUGAGUAUGGAGUUUCAAUAUCUGAAUGAAGUGCCGGUUCUUACUCUGGAUGUCAAUGAUGAUUUCAAAGACAACACGAUUAAGUGUGCUGAUAUGAUUGAGAAGGUGAAAGAAUUUCUAAGCACUCUGUGAUGAAAGGAAUUGUGCUUUUAUGUUUUGUGUUUGUUUAUAAAGUGAUAUAUAUUUUUUGUACAUGUUAUACAGUCUUGUGAAUUAAAUGCUUAAUAAUAGUAAUAAUUAACUUCUGUUUUCUUUUUAAAGAAAAUGUAUCCUCUAUCAUCUUGCUUUUAUUGCAGUGUUUUCACUUUUUAUUUGUUGUUAAGCGGUGCUAUAAUAUUUAAGGACACACAGUUCUACACUUCAUUUAAAGCAAUAAGGAAAUUUCCGAAAUGUUAUUGGUAAUAAUUUAUCAUCGUAAUGAUAAAGAGACGAAACUUUCACUUACUCUGAAUUUCUGAUUACCCAACAGCCUUUUUCUUGACAAUAACAGAGUUAUGAAACAAGUCAAACUUGUUUGCAUUUUUGAGUUUUCGUAAAUGUUGUGCAAUUAUACAAUACCCACUAUUGGUACAGCUAAAAAUAUCAUGAACAGAUUUACCCCUCAGGGUUUAAAAUAAAAGUCAUUCCUGGAAAGAAUCGUGUUUUGAAAAUAGAUUUGUAUAGUUAUGCUUCACAUUCAGUAGCAGAGAGAUAAAUAAUUCAUUGAAUUGCAUUCAGAUGUCAGCAAGAAAUUUUUCUUUUCAUGCUUUUCCAGUAAUCACAAAGGAAUUGAUAAACAAAGUUGUGGGAACAUUAACCUUUACACAUUGUGUUAUUAUGUAAUUCAUUUCUAAUGGACUGCUACGUUACAUCACAUCUGAUGAGGAUUCAAGAUUUCUAAAUAAAGUUGGAAGCAGAAUUUCUGAAAAAUUUUGUUAAGCUUUUUCUAGUAUUUAAGAUCACCUUGUGAACCUCAUGAAGAGCAAGAAAGUUUGACCUUUUGUACAUUUAAGUUCACAUGGUCAAUGUCACAGAUUUGUGUAUGUAACCUAAAUUAACUUCUUAAGUUUGUUUAAAGACUUUGAAUACCCUUGUGAACCAUUCUUUGUUUUUUCUGUGU